AUGUCCGAAUGGCGCCAGAAAGGAUUUGUCCAGGAUUCGGAUGAGGAAGAAGACGAAUCUCAACUCGAGAGCCAGAAUUCCAGGCAAGCUACACGUUCAAAUGGACGCGUCGAGCGCGUUCUUGAGACUGCCAAGCAGCAAGGAAAGCAGGAUGUGAACACAGAUGCAGUGGAGGAUACAGCAGAAGAUACAGGAGGCGGUGCUGGAGCUUUGGAAGAGCUGUCGAGGGCAUACGACCGGGACUCCGUCAGUCACACACCUACGAGACGCACCUCGUCCAGGCGACCAACGCUUUCGCCUUUCACGCCCUUUAGGAGAUCUAUAUCUCGAGAAGAGUCUCUCGAAAGCCCAGAUCCACUCCAAGGCUCGCCGACUCCAACGCAACGAUUGAAGAGAACAGCGCCAUCGUCACAAUUGCUGUCGUCGACCAUACAGCGAAGCUCUCCAGAAGAAAUACAGUUUCGGCCUAAUGCUGCGAUCUCGUCGCCACUCCUUGGUGGGGUCACGGAGCCGGCAAAAAGGCUUUCAGCAGAUGGCAACCUGUACAACAUAAAGACGUCUGCGAUUCUGGGCGAAUUUGGUGUGGCAGCUCUCUCAGACGACUCUGAGGAUGAACUUCACCGAGGCCAGUGCUCAGAUGCGGAGUCGAUGCUCUCAGAUUAUCCUUCGGAUCUAUCAGACACAGAGCCACGACCAGGCAUGUCGUUUGCUGUCCCUCACAGGCGGACUGCUGUUCAGGUGGUCAUUCAUUCGUCAACAGCUCUACAACAUCAACUUGCGGAGGAGGAACUAAGACGCCGUCAAUUUCGUCAGCGAAAACCGAUCCAGUUGCACCCAUAUGCUCUGGAAGGUGAACGAUAUCGCAGAGAAGUACAGAGCCGAGGCCUUAAGCCGGUCCCUCGAGAAAGAUCUUCGCAGCGACGACAGGCUCAGAACGAUACCGAAACGCAGGAAGAAGAAUUCAACCCAUUCAGAAGCUGCUCGAGCAGCCCCCUGGAUGCAGAGAUUUUCGUGUCUACACCUGCUGCUCGACAAUCCAGAGAGGGUAUGCAACCGCGUAGCUCAAUUCGAAGGCCUAUAUCCGAUCCACCAAAACGUAGGUCAUCUGCCAACCAGCUUCGCCUUCCAAAGGCGGCAAAGAGGAGGAGGUUAGACAAUGCUCUAUCCCAAGCUUUGGAUACACCGGCAAGGACUUCAGAAAGCAGUUCUGUCCCUCGUGACAUCUGGUCUGUCCCUCCUCACUCGCCGCCAUACUCGAGUAGUCCUCCAAUCAAUGCGAAGUUGGGCAAGUUGCUCUCGAACAGUAAUGCGGAUAGUCUACCAACACCUUCCAACUCUUCUACUUUCCAAGAUGAGCGUCAACUGUUACCGGAUUCGGACUCCGAUCCUGUUUCUCGCAGCGUGCAGAGGUCUGGCGGAGAGUUGCGCCGUUCAACAAGGACCGUUCAUAGCGACGAUCCGUCCUCCGACUCAGAUGCAAGCAGUGAGUCCGAGCAAGUACAUGGGGAGCUACAGAAAGUCAGCAAGAGGAUUAGAGGCGUCCUUCCAGCAUCUUGGCUUCGAAUCGAUCAACAGGCACAGGAACGACGACAAGCGCCUGCUCGUCAACGAGCUCGCCUGGAUGCUACGUUGUCUCCAGAGCCAGCAGAGCCCCAGAGAGGUGUAGCACAAAGAGUCACGAGGCCUUUUGGUCACUCUACCGGACUUGCUAGACCGGCUACCGCACCAGCAGGCAUCGUGGUCAUAUCGGACGAUUCCGAUCAAGAUAUCGAGCCCUCAGUAUACCGACAAGCCCACGAUGUACACAAAUCAGUGGAAGAUGCUUCCGCUUUGGCUGCGAUGUUCGAUGAUCGCUAUGCCGCAUGUGAUGAUGACUUAGCAAGCAUGGAAUACGACCGGCUGCAACUGCCUACCCUUACUGAGUCUGGCUCAAAGCGAAAGCGGCAGCCGAAAAUCGCAGACGCCUUUGGAAACAUGAAAAGGACGAAGUCUUCAACUGCUGUUUCCAAAAGCAGUCGAUUUGCAAAUCCCAUGCCUGGUCCUUCUAAACACAAGAGUCAAACUGGAUCCAAAAGAGCACAUCGAACCCCACCACCAGCUCUGAGUGUGAUAGAUGCUGAAUUACCACCAAACGUACCUGAAUUUCUCAGACUUGCUAUACGAGCCGCACGUCGUGAUGUCAAUCAAGCUCGUCAAAGCCCUCGUCGCAAGCAGAUCCGAUUGCAUACCGCGCAAGAUACGGAAGAUGCAAACGCUCCCCUCCGACAGUGGCAACAAGGUCGCUUAAAACCCAAGAUCAAACCGACUACAGAUCGACAACAAAGCGACCGUCGACCUCUAGUAGCAACAACGCAUAAUCGGCAGCACACCUUGCGUCACAGUAACCUCGAAAAUAGUGCCAGCGAGGAUGUAGGUAUCGACCUAGUACCAACAAGCUCAAACUCGAGACCACGUGUGCGCAAAGCAGUAGCUCCUGCGCUUCAAUUGCUCCACAGAACUUCAGUCACAGUCAGCAAAGCUCCUCGACAAAAGAUCGUUGCACGAGCCUUCAAUCGUUCUGAGAGUGUGCUUCAGCGUGGCCCACUUCCUCUUAGGGCUGCGCAACUUGAGGGUGACGAGAAAGACUUUGGUCGCAGUCACCGGAAGAUCGCAUUUCAAAGGGGCCUGCAGCAUGUCAACCAACAGUCUAGCAUUCAUCAAACCCCCAAACACUUGUUGAACCCGCAAUUGGCACGUUUUCUCGCCGAUGACGACGCUGUGCUUCCACCACUACCUACGGCCAAGGAAGCUGGGAAGGUUCGAGAGCUUGUAGAGGCCAGCGCUACUGAGACCGUCCUUUCAUCCAGGAAACGCCUUGUACGGAAGCCUCAGGCUAAGCGACUCGACAUUGACGCGCGAAAGUACAGGCAGCCAAGCGAGCCAGUCUUUGAAACGGCUGUUGUGGUUCCGACCUCAGUUUCAACUGACAGCACUUCAGUAGAGCAACACGGGGAUGUCUUGCAAGGACUCGGACCUUUCGGCACGCGAUAUCCUAUUACUUUCGAUAUUACACCAUUGAAAAGUGAUACGUAUUUUCAUUCAGACACUUUCAUAGGCUCCGAAAACUUUCGACGUGCGUUAUCGGUUGGCGGACAUGACACUCGAGAUCUGGACGAGCAUGCAGGAUACUGUACAGUCUCGCAUGGCUCGGAAACGAUCAGAUGUGGACCCUGGAAUGAUGAGACCUACUCCCGAAUCAACAAGUUGAUAACAACGAUCUGGCCACCCCCAGGCGAGCACCAUGAACAGGGAAUCGGCGGGACUCUUUUUAUUGAUGUCAUGACAUCUCUCUCUGCAAUUUUGAGGGCACUCGCUCUCUACUUCACUAAUCACCUCAGCUUCCUAGACCCGAUCGACCGGAGCGAGUUCACCCUAAAGAUGCAGCAUAUUCUUCAGUUGCUCUUCGAUCGAGUCUCUACAAGUUCCCUAGAUGAUUCUGAAGCUCAACCAUUACCAGGUCAGGUAGCGUCCACCAACCGUGUGUUGAGUCAUUUGCUCGUCGUGAGUACACAAGUCUAUCAAAUUGCACAAAAGCCCGUAGUCUCCAACGUCGAGAAAUGCAAGCUUCUGAACCUGAUCAAAGACACGUCUCGAUUGCUUGUCAGAGAUUUCAUUAAGAGAACACAAGAGCUGUACGACUUCCACGACAGGAACAAGCUUCACAAAGAGCGCGAGAAUGGUAUUCAAGACAGGGACGCUCUUGUCGAGAGCGUUGUCAUCUGCAUGCAUUCCCUAGAACUGCCCAACACACGUUCCUUGGGCUUUUGGGACUUGGUCGGUCAAGAACUAUCAGCAUCUCUCUCCUCAGCACGGCAGAUACAAAUCUUUGAGAGAGUUUGGGCAACUAUAUUCUCGCUGCUACCAUUUCACGAAUUCGACUUGUCAGGUAUCCCCAAUCGAAGUCGAACCUCAUGUUUCGACAGUGACAGCUGGAGCUGCAUUCGCGACCUCAUGAGCCAAGUCUUCAAGCUAUAUGCAGGCACAUUCAGACAGAAUGGCUCAUCAGCCAACGAUUAUGUCCGCGCCAAUCUCACCAGAUGCUAUGUGCUCAUCAACGACUGGCACUGGAGCCGUCCUGAACAGGUCCUCAAUGUCGUUUUUGACUUCUUCGGCAGACAUGGUCUGAAGCCGCUCCGACGGGAGACCAUCACAGGAUCAGCAGACUUUCUACAAGACUUUGCUGCAGGAAGCAGCUUGUCGCUUGCACCCAACGAAAGCUCUUUCCAUGUUGCGCUCAAAUGUCUGUUGACAGGCUUGCGAGGCAUGAAUGACACGUAUCCGGAAAAGAAGAUUCGGAGCUUCGUAUUCAGACUCGUUCCCAACCACGGGCGUACGUAUCCGAAAGAUCAGUCACUCGAAGAGGAGAGCUUAGCUGCUCUUCGUAACCACCACGACCUACUCUCUGCGCUCUACUGUGCAGCUCCACCUUCCUGUCGUCCAAAGUUGACUCUGAUCCGCGGACUCGUGAGCCACGAGAACUCGCAUCGCGAAGCAUGUAGAGUUAACGUUCGUGCCUGGGCGAACUUGACCGCUUUUCAGUUAUCGACAGAAGAACAAUAUGAAGCUGCGAAGCCUUUUGCCCUUUGGUACAAGGAUAUCAUGCAUCAAACCUUGAAACAAUAUCGACUAGCCAAGACCGAGGCUGAAGAGUACCUCAAAUUGGGAGUGCUGGACGGGACGGCCGAAGUAUCUGCGGUCAUGGUACGACAAGCGAUGGAGAGAAAUCAGGGACAGGUCAUUGCAACUCUGCGUGAUAGUAUCACAGGUAUGAAGAAGGCCAUUGAGCGUGCUAGAGACCAGGUCGGUAUUGCUACAUUCUUGACCGACUCCGAUAUUGUACAUCUGCUUGAACUCCCACACCUGGAGGACCUUCGACUUCUCAGUGUUAUCAGGGACACUCUCGUAGUCUUUCGAAGGUACGCUUUUCUGCAAAAAGCCCAGGCUACGCAUGAAGCAAGUCAACCGAGAAGCGAAGAGAGCCAAGAUUACGGAGACUUUCCCGACCUGGACGAUCUGGAUGAUACAGAAGCACUGCAAGCUGUCCAAACCAAAGCUUCGUCACUACCUUCGCGCCUCGAUUUCGUGCAAGCGCCGCUAUGGCACCUGAUGUCUAACGCUUUUGGGGCCGAGCAUUCCCCAGAUGAUAACCUUCUCAUGGAUUGUGUUGACACAUGGGUCCUCAUUGCUGGUGAUCAGGUCAUGACUGGGGCGAGACAGUGGUCGCACUAUAUGGACUCGUUCAGCCAGAUGUCAUGGCAACAGCUACGACAAACCGAGCAGACCAGGAAGUUCGGCCCAUACUUCAUGUCGGCGCUAAUUGCCUGUGACCCUGCUGCUUACGAGGAGCAUCGCUACGAAUUUUUAACAGCUCUACUUCUUUCUCUGGCCGACCGCGAGUCCAUGCUCAGAUUCCAAUAUCAGCUUUUGGAUGCCAUCGUGCGAACAGAUCAAGACCAUCCUCUGUUGAGAAAUAUCCCAUUCUUUCGAACCGGGCAGAGCGGAGAUCUGGACAUUACUGCUGAUACUGUGCGGUCGAGACGCCUCGCUCUCAUCUCCAGCUUACUGUCCAGUAUGCGGGAGGACGUAUUCGUAACCUCGGUGCAAGAACCAACACGUACUGCCGAGGUGAAGAGAUUGUAUGCGGCGAUGCUGAAAGACUUCAUGGCCAGACUAAAGAGCAACUACCAAAAGCUGCAGCAAGGAGGCACAGUCACGGGAGCAUAUGUGGAGUUUGUCCAAAAGAUCGUCCAGUUCCUCAAGCAGUACACAGGUGAUAUUUGUCCUGUUCUGCCGUUCUUCACUGACUCGGUGGCAUUUCCACUACCGUCUACGGACCCCACGUAUGUGGUUGGUCGGCUAUGUGGGUACGCACCGAAUGUGGAAACUCCUGGGAUCGCCAAACAGCUAUCUGUGUUCAUACAGACCGUAGCGCAGCAAGCCGCUGCUGACAAUCAACAAGAAUACCUUGUGAACCAGCUCACAACCGCUCUGCGCCCAAACGAAGCUUCUGUUGCAGACCGGUUGGCGUUACGAACAGUGCUGCUCCAAGGGAUUUUCCCAGCGUAUAUCGAAGAAGCGUACUCGUCACCUACAGGUUAUCUUGUUGCAAGACCCAUUCUGCGUUGCCUUCCAGCUAUGCUAGACGAUAUGAUCUUCGAUCUACGUGUCAGUCAAUCUAGCUCUCUGUCAACAAUUAUCCAGAACAUUCUUUCUGUUGCACAUGCCUUCUUCAGAGGUACCGAGCAGUUGAAGGGUGACUAUCUCCUCUUUCGACAGUCGAACACGCUGAGCGGCUUGGUGUACAUGCUCGGAGCCGCAACGUCAAUUAUGCGCCUGACCGAUUACCUUGUGGACCGGACUACGUACAACAUCGAGCAUGGUAGGCCACUGUUUGUCAUCUACAUGGAAGAGUUUAGUGGAUACGUUGCAAAGAUGAUCGAGGGAACAGCAGCAAACAAUUUGCCCUCGUACCAAGGAGACGCACAUGAAGGGGUAUCAAGUCCGAAGUAUGUGGACAUUUUAGCGUUCUGCAAACGAGGUCUGAAGAGCAGCCUAGAAACGAACUGGAGUGAAGAUCAAGGCUCUAUCUGGUUUGGCCAGGGUCGUGCAAAGAAGGAAGUCGUACUCGACAUUGGGUCGAGUGAGGACGAGAGGGUCAGAUUAAGAUACGCGCUGAACAGGUUCCAGCACAGUAUCCGCGAGGUAUCCAACAACUACCCGCAAGGUUUUGGAGACGAUGUUGUUGUCUAG